AUGAAGGUCCACCUUCUCUCAUCCAACCAUGAGAAUGCCCAUGAGACCCAGUGGGAGUUGCCCUUUGACCCCAGCUUGAAAGAGGUCACUGUGUCUUUGAGUGGUUCAGCACCACAAACUGAGCUCGGGGGCCCUCUAGAGCCCCUUCCUGUUCUUCGCCCCCCUGUCAAUGUUACAACAUCCCCAGGUACAGUGGCAGUGCUGUCAUGUCAGGUUCAAGGCUCUGCGCAGCACAAUCUGACCUGGUACCAUUCGGGCUCUGUUUUAUCAUCUUGCUCGGGGAGGGUGAAAAUACUAGCCAACUUGUCUCUAGAAAUCAGCUGGGUUCGCACUCAGGAUGCUGGACCCUACCAGUGCCGAGCCUCUAAUGCCCAUGGAGAGAGUCAGUCUGUCAUAUGGCUGGUGGUCUUAGGGGAUCUGGAUCUGGGCACAACACCAUUUUUAGAGCAGGAUGUCCAUCGUGGAACACUGCAGAUCUGUGGGGUUCAGGAACUGGAUGCUGAAGAUUAUACCUGUGUGGCCACAGAUAUUGCUGGCUCGGCCUCUGCUGUGGUCAUGCUACAGGUGGGAGCUGCUCCAGCAUUCUCAGAGUCCCCAGAAGACAUAUUGGCCAGCAUGGAUGAUAACAUUACUCUGCCGUGCAUCGCCCAUGGUUUCCCCACAGCAUCUCUGACAUGGAGAUGCCAGGACGGACGACGUCCCAUUUUUGGCAAGUCGUCUGGCCACGUAGGCACUUUACAACUGCCCUCUGGUGCCCUACAGAUCCAGAGUGUUUGGGUCAAUGAUGAGGGUGUGUAUGUAUGUGAGGCCAAAAACCAGUUUGGAUCCAAUAAGGCACUCGCCAGAGUCACUGUUACUGUCUUAGAACCACCAUUUUUAGCUAAAGGUGCACCAGCUGUCACAACCACAGUUGGUCAACCUUUGAACAUUCCCUGGAUGUUACUAGUUGGAAUUCCACUCCCUGAGAGAGUCUGGAUGCACAAUGGAAAACAAGUGCGUAUGGGUGGGAGAGUCUUUCUAAGGAGUGACGGCAGUCUACAUGUGGAUAGAGCUGUACCAGAAGAUGCUGGGAUAUAUGUUUGCACCACAAUGAAUGUAGCAGGAUCUGCCAAUAUUACAGUCCAAGUGGAAAUUCAUGUCCCUCCUAAUAUCAAGGCUGGUCUGCUGCACUACAUAGCCAACGAGGGCACACCCAUCUCCAUGUCCUGUGAAGUAAAUGGGGUGCCCACACCCACAAUCAUCUGGUCCAAGGGUCGAGAUCCCUCAACCAGGACAGUCUGCAAGAGGUGCUGACAAGCUGACAGAAGUCUACACAUCCCCAGUCCCACGCUGGAGGAUGCGGAGGUCUAUGUCUGUACCGCCACCACCGCAGUGGGCUACAAUAGUAGAGAGAUGCAUCUCAGUGUUAACACCAAACCAAGAAUUGUUGGUGUUGAUGGGACACAAACAAUGGUUAAAAUAGCAGCUGUGGUUGGAUCUGAUGUCAUCCUUCCAUGUGACGUUCAUGGAAGUCCUUCACCGCUGGUGACUUGGAACAGAAAUGCGCAGCCCAUCCCUCCUGUCACAGCCUGGGCCAAAUACGCUUUCCUAAAAAAAGAGGGCCCCACUGGGAGAGGAAACCUAAUUAGAGACCAGACCACUGCAGGCAGAGAGCAGGAGGCUAAGAGUGAGAUAUCACCCACUAUUUUGGACACUGGCCAUCCUUCAGAGGUCAGCUCACCUGCAGGGGAGGAGUUAACUCUUGAAUGUUGGGUGAUGGGUACACCCACACCCAAAGUGAGCUGGCUAAAGAGCGAAAUGACUCUAGAGAAUGGCAUCACAGAGCAUACAGAUAUCUCUCCAGAUGGGAGCACUCUAACACUUGUAAAUAUAAGGCCAGAGGACUCUGGAAUAUACACCUGUCUGGCUGUCAGCUCAGCUGGCCAAGAGAGCAAGAUCUAUACCUUGUUUGUUUUGGUUCCUCCCUCCAUCAGUGGGGAGACCAGCAUCCCCCGUGAGGUGCACACCACUCAGAACAGUGUGGUUACAUUUGAGUGCAAAUCCACUGGAAACCCCCAGCCUCAAAUCAGCUGGCUGAGGGAUGGACAUCCUUUGCUCCUGUCACCCCGCCUCCGCCUGCUUUUUGCAGAUUCUGUUCUUAGGAUCUCACAAGUGCAGCUGUCUGAUUCUGGGAACUGCACUUAUGUGGCGCGUAGCCAAGCUGGACUAGCCGAACUCAACUUUGACCUCCAAGUGCAAGCUCCCCCUGCUGUGGAGCACACAGAGCCAACAGAGCAGGUGACUGUGGUCCAGGGCUCUUCAGUGACACUCACUUGUGAAGCCCGCGGUGUGCCUCCUCCCAUUCUUUCUUGGCUGAAAGAUGAUCAGCCGCUCUCACUGCACCGAAAUCUGCUCCUGGAUGGACAGGAAACCUGUUUCCUGCUCUCUGAUGUGGGUCACAGUGAUGGAGGUCUCUACAGCUGUGUGGCAAGCAACCAAGCAGGAAGCAGUACCAAGACCUUCAACCUCACCAUCCUAGGAAUUUCAUCCCCCAAGAUCUCAGGAUCUUCAUCCCCUGAGGAGCUUUUUGUUGCUGUGGACAGUGUCCUUGAGUUAGAGUGCAUUGCUACAGGUCUUCCCCCUCACUGGCUAAAUAAUGGGCGCCCCCUACAGGAAAGCACGGCAGUAUUACAGAGAGAUGGACAGCUUCUCAGGAUCAGUGAAGUUCAGGUGGAGGAUGCAGGUCUGUAUACCUGUCUUGCCAGUAGUCCAGCAGGAGAAGAUGGUAGAAACCACAGGGUGCGCGUUCAAGUUCCACCCACUUUGCUUGGCUCUAGUGACAUCAGAACUGUGUCAGUGCCAGCCAAAAGUCACUUGACACUGGAGUGUCAAACUGACAGUGACACUCCACCAGAGAUUGAGUGGUACAAGGAUGAUGUCAAAAUACAGCUGGGAGGGUGAAUUCAGACCAUUGCUGGUGGACAGUUUCUGGAAAUUGAAGAUGUCAGGACCCACGAUAGUGGACAGUACAGUUGCGUGGUCACCAACAUUGCUGGUAGCACCAGCCUAUUCUGCAUAGUAGAUAUUCUUUUGCCGCCAUUUAUCAGAGAGGGCAGCCCACUGAUCAUAGUGCAUGUUAAUCAGGAUGCAGUGUUGCCAUGUGAAGUGGAGAGAGGGCCAUCCUCAUCUGUCUUAUGGAGGAAAGAUGGAGGCCCAGUCCCACUUCACAAUAGAUUCACUUUGCUGUCAGAGGGCUCUUUGUGCAUUGAGGCAGUGCAGCUGUCUGAUCCUGGAUGUUACUUCUGCAUUGUAUCUAACCAAGCAGGAUCAGACCAUCGCGGCAUGGACCUGAGUCUACGGUACUUGGGACCCUCAAUCAGCCCUGGCCCCUUUAAUGUAACAGUGGCUACAGGUCAUAGGGCAGUGCUUAGUUGUGAGACCACAGGCAUACCCGCUCCUCAGGUGAGCUGGAAGAGGAACGGCACACCCCUCCAUGUGGAUCUUCACUCUGGUGCUUACAGGUUAAUGUCUUCUGGCUCUUUGGUCAUCACCUCCCCAUCUGAUGAAGAUGAGGUUUACUUUGAGUGCACUGUGACCAAUGAAGUUGGAGAAGAGCAAAGGGUCAUCGGGGUGAUUCUGCAAGGUCAUAGACUGACAGAGCUCUCCAAUGGAGCUUUGAAGUUCUCACGGGUCACUCUUGGAGAUGCUGGAACUUACCAGUGCCUGGCACAGAAUGAAGCAGGCACAGCUAUGGGACAGACUCACCUAGUUUUGCAAGUUCCUCCAGUGCUCUCUGUGCCGCAUCUGGAGUACACAGCAAUUCUUGGCCAGCCAGUCAGCCUGGAGCGCACUGCAGAUGGCCAUCCAAAGCCAGACGUGACCUGGCACAGGGAGUGUAGGCCUGUGGUGGAGGGUACACAUCUGAGACUGUUCUCCAACGGCACCCUGCACAUUACCGCCACUCAAGGGAGCGAUGCAGGAAUCUAUACCUGCUCAGCCUGAAACAAUGUUGGAAGAGCCAGCCAAGAUGUUAGACUGGUUCUGCAAAUCCCACCCCAGAUUUCUAUUGGUCAGUCAGAGAUAACUGUCAUCCAGGGAUUUCAAGCCCUGUUGCCAUGUGCACCUCAGGGGCUUCUAGAGCCCAGAGUGAGCUGGGAGAAACAGGGAAUCCCUGUGCUAAACCUGCCAAGCAAAUUCACUCUACUGAGGUCAGGAGAACUGAUUAUCAAAAGGGCAGAGGCUGGCGAUGCAGGUCUAUUUACCUGUGUAGCAACCAACACUGCUGGAACAACUCGACAGAACAUUUGCCUCUCAGUCAACAUGAGACCUGCUUUUAAAGAGUUACCUGGUGAUGUGACUGUGAAUAAAGGUCUUAGUCUCACGCUUUCCUGCCAUGCUCAGCGUACUCCAACCCCCACAAUAACCUGGACAGCCAACAACCUGCCAUAUAUAGGUCCAAGUGUUGAUGGAUCUGGUAGAAGCUCAGUGAUUACUGAGAAUGUCACUGUAAGUGAUGGUGGCACCUAUGUCUGCAUUGCAGAGAACACUGUUGGCUCCAUACAAGCUCUCUCAUUUGUACGUGUCAGAGAACCUCCGGUGUUGAGAGGGUAAGCACACACGACUCAGACUGUAGUGCAGGGCAAAGCAGCCAUGUCGGACUGUGCUGUUAGCGGGGACCCAGUCCCUUCCCUAUGCUGGCACAAAGAUGGCCAGCCCUUUCUUGGCUCCCUGCAGUUUCAUCCUCUUCACAAUGUCUCCCUUGCUCUCUACAGUGCCGCGAAUAGAGACUCAGGAGAGUACAGAUGUGUUGCAGAAAGUGAGGCAAGUGUUGCAGAAAGAACAAUAUUUCUAAAAGUGCAGGAUAAAUUAUUAUACAUCCCAGGGGGCUACUCAAACUGGGAAGCAUGGGGCACAUGUAGUGCCACCUGCGGGCAAGGUAUCCAGGAACGAAUCAGAUUUUGUAACAACCCAUCACCAACCAAUGGGGGCCCAACGUGUGAGGGUCCAAAUGUCAAUUCCAGGAAAUGUCAGGCCUCACUUUGUCCAGGUGAGUUUCCACAGCGUGAAUGAGGCAGACUGAUAGGUAUGAUUAAUGAGAAGGACUUUGGAAGUGGCUUUUUGGAAGCCAAAAUUACAGAGAAUAAAGUGGAUGGCACCAGCACACUGGAGGCCCAUGUGGACAACAUUCCACCAAAUGUCAGUCCUUUGUUGUGAGUGCUUGUGUCUGUACUUGCCCCAAUUUACUGGAUGACACAGAAUGGCUUCUCCCUCAUACAUGGGCAGUUCAGACAGGAAUCUCAACUGGAGUUUGAGACAGGAGAGAUUUUAAAGCUGACUCAUGUGGCUAGAGGUCUGGAUGCGGAGGGCACUAUGCUGGUGGACAUUGUUAUCAGUGGCUUUGUUCCUCCCAGGGUUUUGUCGUCUACUCUCAAUUUAAAGGAGUUUGAUGAGUCAUAUGUGUAGACAGGCUCCAGGCAGCUUUACUCCUGGUCCUCACAGAAAGACUUGUGGGAUGGGGCACCUAUGGCAUUGCGCUGCAAUCAUUCUGUGGUGUUUGAGGGGCCAGAGAGCCAUCAAGGGCCCCUGCUGCAACUCCUCAGACUGACAGGAAUAACCAGCACCUACAGCCUUUUUACUCUCAGCCAAGAAUUUAGGAUGACUGCAAGUUUACUCAUACCAGAAGGGGAUGGUCGUCCAACCGUGGGGAGUGUCUGUGAGUGGGUGGAGAGCAAGUUUUUGCAUCCACCCCAUGCCCCCACUCUAGAACUGACCCUGGUUGAGUAUAUUGAUGAGUGCACCCAAGGUUCCCAUUUGUGUCAUCCCAACCAUCUUUGCAAAAACACUGUGGGGAUGUAUCGUUGUCAAGCCAAGUGUAGCCCAGGAUUCAAACCCAACGUGGUGGGCACCAGCUGUGAAGAUGUGGAUGAGUGUCAAGAAUCAGCAAUCUCUCCAUGUAAGCAGCAGUGUUUCAAUACUCUGGGCUCCUACCACUGCACCUGCCAACCAGGAUACCAGCUGGUGGGGCAUCACUGCCUAGAUGUCAAUGAAUGUUUGAGGAAUGUCUAUCCAGCACAUCAGCAAUGCAGAAACACAGAUGGAGGGUGUCAGUGUUUUGACAGCUGCCCACCGGGUAUGACCACAGCAGAAAAUGGGAUGUGUGUAGGCAUUGUCCAAGACCACACAUCCUUCACCGUCUUGGAGCAAGGAGGAGACACUGGAGAAAGACCGUUUGGGAUUAAGGACGAAGCAGGAUUAAGGACGAAGCACUGCAGUGCCGUUAGAUCAGCCUGGCCUGGUGCGACUUCGGGUACAAGCCACUACGCUGUCAGACCAGGGGCGCAUAACCUACCAGAGUGUCUUUAUAAUCUACAUCUCCAUCUCCAAAUACCCCUACUGAGUAUUCAAGACUGCAAAGGGGCCACAAAAGUCAGAGAACAGCCCUGGAUGUACUGUUGCUUUUCGGGCCAUAGGAGAAGCACUAGUAAAUUAACUUAAUUUGCCAUCUUUAUGUGCCCUCUUUAGAGUUUUGUCUGAAGCACAGAAAACACUAACUAUGACUGUUAACCAAGACAGAGUGCAAAAUCAACAUGUGUUUGGACAAAUAUUUGAAGCCAAGACCUAUCAAGGGCAUAUUGUAUCAUGUCUAUAUCAUAAAGUCUUUGGAUUACAAUACUGUCACUUACUUUUUCAGAAUGUUGGUUUUUUGAAUUAUCAUUAAGGUAAUAAAUACUCUGCACCUUUUAAAAUUUUUAUUAUUUGAAAGUAUUGUAGUAUUUUCAAAAUCAAAAUCUUAAGGCUUGCUUGGGCUCUUUCUCUCUCUCUCUCUCUCUCUCUCUCUCUCUCUGUAGUGUACCUUUUUUUUUUUUUUUUUUUUUUUGCAGUUUGGCAAUUAUAGAAAUGAUCAGGAUCCACCCAGUAUUAAAUCUUUUGGAAAUAAAAUGAACCCUAAGUAUUGAGGAAAGAAAAAAAAAAAAAAACUCAAAACAGAUUGUUCAUAAUAUGGGGCCAAAUUACUUUUCCUUCACUGACAUUUUGAUAGGCUUCAAUUUUACUUUCAGCAUGAGUUGAUCAUGAGCAAAGUUGUCUUUAAUUUAAAAUUGAUGAAUGUUUACUUUUUCCAUGUCAUAUUGAUGUAUUCAUGUAAAUUAAUGAAUGUAGGGUACAAAGGGGCUAAAGGCACCUCUUAAGGAAAUAUUGCUUUUUUUUCUUUUUUUUUUGGUCACAAAAUGUAUCAAUGUCGAAGAAAAUGAUUUAUUUUUAUUGCAUAUUGAUGGAGCAACAUAAUUUGUAUGAAAAGAUAACGUACUUUUUUUUUUAUUAUUAAAAUUCAAUUUUUUUUAAAAGAUGGUGAGGGAGGGGGUUUAAAGUGAUAUCGUGCAGAUAUAGGGACAAUAGUUUGUCAACUAAUACAAAUUAUUUUCAGACAGCAAGAUGCUUUUUUGAGUAACAAAUUAAGAUGAUGCUUCCUCAAAAUUACAACAAAACAAAUAAACAAUUUCCUGUUAAUUUCAAACACAUUUUGCAUUUUAUUAUAAAAUUGUUUAAUGGGGGCUUUGGCCCUUGCAACAGGGGGGACAUUUUACCCCAAAUACUAUCCUUUCACUUAUUGGACAGUUAUUGAAAAAUUUUUGAUUUAACAACCUUAAACAAAACUGAAAAAAGAUAAAUAAGUAUUUUAUCUCAAAAGAAAUGUUAAUUUGAGGGAUUUUCAUUAGCUACAUACAUUUGCAACAUUUAAAAAAAUAUAAAACAUUACAUUAAAUAGCCUCAAAACCAAACUUUAGACAUUACACACAAAGAUCUCAUGGAUCAGGAAUAUUUUGUAGUCCAUAGUGACAAACAGGAGUUUAGGAAAGUGCUGUGAUAGUUUUUGUUGCUAUUUAGCGUUUUGGGGAAAAUAAAAUCAAUGGAGCGUUUACCUCACGGAGCCUUUAGCACCGUUGUACCCUACUCUCAGGUGCUUGUGUAUGUGCGUGCAUGCGUGUUAGUGAACCACUGCAAGCAUGUUUUUGCAAUGCUUAUCAACAAAAGGUUGUGCUUUGACUGCUUAUGACUCCUUGAAAAUGAAAUGUAUAGUAUUAAAAUGUAAUUUAAAAAAAUCUUAUAUUUAAGUUUAGCACACAGCUUUUGCUUUGCACUUUGAAGGGAUGCUUCUGACAAAAAUAAAAAUUCUGUCAUUGAUUAAUCGCCCACUUGUUGCUCCAAACCUGUACGACUUUGAACACAAAAGAUGUUAGGCAGAAUGUUAGCCUCAGUCACCAUUCACAUUCACUGAAUGACAAAAAGAUGCAAUUAAUUUUAUUGGUGACUGAGGCUAACAGAAAAAAGUCAUUAGGGUGUAUUAAUGAUGAAAGAAUUUUCAGAAACUACAUGCUACACUGCUGAAAAUGGAAAGAGGGAAUGAGGAUGUGAUACAACUCAAUAGAACUGCUGUAGUGCGGUUAGUUAACAGUUUCCUGUGUAGAGGAGACAUUAUUGUUUGCACUUAUUUCCUGUUCUGUAUUUCUGUGUAAAUAGCUCAGUUAAUUCUGAUA